AGCUCAGAGCAAUCGCCAUUCGCCACACACCAACCCCGUUACGCGCCGCGCGCCCUCUGCGGCUCCGCCCGCGCUGUCCGCCGCUGCAGCGGCGCUACAAGAAAGAAGAAACUGCAGAAGCCGCGCGCCGCGGCGCAGCGAGACCCAUGCGUUCGUGCUGAGCCGAGCCUCGACAAUACUCUCUCCUUCCAUCUCCUCGUGCUCUCCACUGCUGCAUGCGCGCGCGCCCCUUGUCCCUUGUCCUGGCCCCCGCCUCCACCUCGUUCCUUCCUCCCAUCCCGCCCUGUCCCGGCGCGAGGCAGCGCCGGUCCACUCAUCCACUGACAGGGACAACUAGCUAGAACGCGGCGGGCGGAGCCACCUGCGGCCCCUGAUCCCGCUUCUUCCUCCGCCGCCGCUGCCCUGCUGUCCCUGACCACUUGUUGGUUUCUUGAUGAGUUGGCGUCGGCGGCGGCAAGGCGGAGGCGGAGGCGGUGGAAGAGGAGGACGAAGGGCUUCGGCUUCCCCGGCGCCGGCCGCCGCCUGAAGAUCCCCUCUUCCACUCUGGUGGGCUCUCGCGAGGUACAAGCGCCAUGGGGAUCUUAGGUAUGAUGGGUGAUUCGUUCGGCUGCUCGGCUACUGGCGAGCGACUCGUCUCAGCCGCAAGGGAUGGAGACAUUCAAGAGGCUAGGGCCCUCUUGGAGCUCAACCCUCGCCUUGCCCGGUACUCGACGUUCGGGAUCCGAAACUCGCCCCUCCAUUACUCGGCAGCGAAGGGCCACCAUGAGAUUGUCUCCCUCCUAAUCGAAUCCGGGGUUAACAUCAACCUUAGAAAUUGCAGAGGACAGACUGCUCUGAUGCAAGCUUGUCUAUAUGGUCACUGGAAAGUUGUACAGAUUCUAGUUCUUUUCAAAGCAAAUAUUCACAGGAGAGAUUGUUUUAGUGGCGCAACAGCUAUUCACUUUGCCACCCUAAAAGGUCAUACUCGGUGCAUUCGGCUUCUUGUGGCUGAUUACGUGCCUAGCUUGUCAGAGUUUUGGAACGUUAUGCAUGGAAAGUCCACAGAUGAAACAAAAAAGGAUACCUUUGAUGCAACAUCUCUCCGGAGGCUAAUUAAUGGUAAGUCGGAUGGUGGCGUCACCCCGCUUCACUUGGCUGCCCUUCAUGGGCAUGCUGAGAGUGUGCAAUUGCUAUUAGACCUUGGAGCUUCUGUCUCUGAGGUCACUGUAAAUGAUGGUUCAACUAUUGACCUCAUUGGUUCAGGGAGCACUCCUCUCCAUUACGCGGCAUGUGGUGGAAGUGCUGUCUGCUGCCAACUUCUCAUUGCAGCAGGAGCGAACAUGGGAGCUGAAAAUGCUAAUGGGUAUACUCCCCUACAUGUGGCUCGUUCGUGGCACAAAACUAGUGUUGAAGGCAUCCUAAGCAAACAGCCAGAAGGCCGAAUACGCAUUCUUCCUUCACCAUACUUGUGUCUACCACUUAUGAGCAUUAUCAAAAUCGCUCGUGAGUGCGGAUGGAGAAAGACUUCUGCCUCCUCAACAUGUCAGGAUCCAUGUGUCAUAUGUUUGGAGGUGGAAUGCACGGUAGCUGCAGAAGGCUGUGGCCAUGAGUUCUGCACCAAAUGCGCACUCUAUUUGUGCUCGACCACAAGCAGCUCAACAUCAACCCGUGGCGUUCCUGGCUCCAUAUCAUGCCCUUUGUGCAGGCACGCCAUUGUCUCUUUCAUGAAGCUCACGAGUACCACCCCGAUAAAGGAGCUACCAUGGACAAGUACAUCGCUAGCUCUAUGUGCGGCAGGCGCAGGCACUGCUCCCAAUCGUGCCAGCUCCUUACAUCGUCGGCCUGACACACGUCGGUUGCGCUCCUCAUCGGUUCAGCUGGGAUGCUCCUCUUUUAGAUCCAUUGGCUCCGGGAAACUGUCGUCACUAAAGUUGAACUGCACAGGAGCUGAAGAGGCGGUGCCUUGCCUCAUUAGCUGUCUCAGGCCAGAUGUGCAGCGGUCAUCAUCGUACAGGGAAAGAAUUAGGAGAUAUUCAGAGUUUUGAUAGCAUCCCUCUGUUGGUUUUGUGCCUCCCUUGCUGCGAGUUUUCGGGGCUUGGCAGUUUAAAAUUGUUUACUGUCUGUUCAUGUUUCUCUUUGCUUAUGUUUUUCUUGUCAUGUAAUAUGCAUGCAAUCCUCAUAGUGAAGAUCUGUUUGUGUACAUGACUCGUUCAUCUACUUAUAUAUGUGAAGUAUAUACCAUCUUCGUUUACAAAA